UGAAACUCCAGACAUUUUUCCUUUCGGGAAUAUAUAAAUAGUAAAUCUGCAGCUAUUCAAAGAGUGUAUAUCGACCCAGGAUGCUAAAGGGUCUUCUAAACGAUUCUGGGCAUCGUGCAACAAUGGAUUCUUGGACCUCAAACCCGAAGGUUCAAACAAAACGUGCCGACUUGGUUAAAAAGAAAAUUCAAAAAUUAAUUUCUGACGGCCCAUCGCUUCUUCAAGUGGUCAGCGACUUUGACGGUACUUUGUCACGAUCACACUUUGAAGGCCGGACAAUCAAAAGUUCGUUUUGUGUCGUCGAAAAUGAUCCUCGGGUAAUUUCGAUCUUGUCAGCGGAAGCACUUGAGGCUUACCGCCUAAUGAACGAAAAAUAUGUCGCGAUCGAGGUGGAUCCGAGUCUGACUCGCGAGGAGAAGUUUCCGCACAUGGUCAAAUGGUGGACCGACAGCUAUGCCACCCUCGUGAAGGCAGGAAUCCAGGAUGAACACUUGCGGGAUAUUGCUCGACGGGGUGAGAUCUUGCUGCGGUGUCGAACGCCUGAUAUGCUGAAACUAUUAGAGGCAAACGAUAUACCGUGUCUGGUGUUUAGCGCCGGCAUAGGCGAGAUUGUCUCGUAUACACUGACACAUAAUCAAGUUCUGUUAUCAAAUGUGAAAGUUAUUUCCAACUAUUUCAAGUUCACCGACACGGCGAACGGAACGAAAGCACAAGCGCCGGAGCAAUUAGUACAUACGUACAACAAAAACGCGGAACACCCUAUUGCAAAGGAGUAUUUUUCUAGGAAGGAGGUACAAUUACGGAGAAACGUCAUUUUGCUUGGAGACAACCUGGGCGACGCUCAUAUGAUCGACCGAGCACCAUUCAUUGUUCAGGGGCCGUCAAAUGGAUGCCCCAACGAAGUUCAAUUCAACGAUAUUCACGGGGGUUCCAGCAGUUAUAGCACAGUGCUAAGAAUUGGUUUUUUGAACAGCAAAAUCGAGGAUCGAUUAUCCAGUUUCCUAGAGCAUUUUGACAUAGUUCUUCUUGACGAUCAGACGAUGAACGUACCCUUUGAGAUCUUCAAGGCCAUUACUGCCGUAUAAACAGCGAUCUUCUGAACUUUGAGCGUUAUCUGGAGUGCAUGCAUUUGAUUUAAGGUUUGAAAAUAUCUUGAAGAAUCUAUUUUUUGAAGUCAUUGUCCGAUGCAAAAAUUAUUGAUUAUGCAGUAUUUUAGAUUAUCUUACGGUGUGCAAAUUAACAUUGUAAAUAUGACUGAAGAUAAAGAGGCCAAACAAAGGUUUUUGUAUUUUAAAAGUAAUACAAGUGUUAUAAUUGACCUCUGUAAUAACUCCUACCUCGAAAUGGAACUAGACGUUGAUUAUCAAAAUAAAGUCCACGAUAGACUGGUUUCCGGUUCAUUUACGCGAAGUCAUACAUCCGGCUCGUUAAUAAUUUGUUAAUUGAGGAUCUUUUUUAGGUUGGGGUCGGAGAUCAGCCAAAACGGUCGUCAUAAGAUGGUUAUGAGUUUAUUAAUCUAGAGUAAUCACCUUGCUUUGUAUAUCUUGUCUGCAUUGACUGAAUUGAUCAAGAUAUAUCGAUCAUUUCAUAAAUAGAAAAGAAAAGUAUCCCGUUAAGGUUUAGUUCAGCUGCUAAUUGUUGUAAAAAGUCGAAGGUAUGCAUGUAUUGUCUUAGAGUCAUGGCGUCUCUCGAGCAUAAAAUGCUGGCGCUAACAUCAUAGAUAUAACUAUUGCUCAAGCCUGUUUUAUUUAGUAUUAAUUUUUUUUUGUUUUUUGCAUACGUCUGAAUACGAGACGUGAUAAGUCUCUAACUUAGCUAUUCAGUUUUUUUUUCUUAUAAUUACU